GCUUACUUGCUUUCCACUUGACGUUUUGGAAUUUGGAGCUACUCGAUGGAAUCUGGAACUACUCCACCGGCAGUAACAUAAACGCCCCCUAAAUCGGCCCUCCUCCAGUCUCGUCAUCGUCAGCGCGUCGCCGAUGGAGCUCGAGUCCAAUCCGGUCGUGGUGCUGCACGCCUGCUUGGGCGUCGGCCACCUCAUCCCCAUGGUGGAGCUCGCCAAGCUCUUCCUCCGCCGCGGCAUCUCCGUCGUCAUCGCCGUCCCGACCCCGCCGGCCAACACAGGCGAUUUCUUCUCCUCCUCCGGCUCCGCCGUCGCUACCCUCGCGGCCGCCAACCCCUCCAUCUCCUUCCACCACCUCCCGCCCCCGGACUACCCCAGCCCGGAUCCCGACCCCUUCAUGCAGAUGCUCGACGUGCUCCGCCUCACCGUGCCAUCCCUCCUCGCCUUCAUCCGCUCCCUCCCCCCCGUCGCCGCUCUCGUCCUCGACCUCUUCUGUGUCGAAACCCUCGACGCCGCCGCCGAAACCAGCGUCCCGGCCUAUCUCUACUACACCUCCUGCGCUGGCGACCUCGCGGCGUUCCUCCACCUCCCCCACUACUUCGCCACGACGGAGGGGAACUUCAAGGAUAUAGGCAAGGGGCUUCUCCACUUCCCCGGUGUCCCGCCGAUCCCGGCGUCGGACAUGCCCCACACCGUGCUAGACCGGGCGACCCGGGCCUGCGCCGCGCGGAUCAGGCACUACGCGCGCAUCCCGGAGGCCCGGGGCGUUCUGAUCAAUACCUUCGAGUGGCUGGAGGCGAGGGCCGUGAGGGCGCUCAGGGAGGGCGCGUGCGUCCCUGACCGCCGGACCCCGCAGGUGUACUGCAUCGGGCCUUUGAUCGUGAACGGCGAGGCGGCGGCGAAAGGCGAGCGGCACGCCUGCUUGUCGUGGCUGGACGCGCAGCCGGAGCGGAGCGUGGUGUUCCUCUGUUUCGGCAGCUUGGGCGCGGUGUCGGCGGCGCAGCUGAAGGAGAUUGCGCGUGGGCUCGAGAAAUCCGGCCAUCGCUUCCUGUGGGUCGUGCGGAGCCCACCCGAGGACCCGACCAAAUUCUUCCUGCCGCGUCCGGAGCCAGACCUGGAUGCCCUCCUCCCCGAGGGGUUCUUGGAGAGGACGCGAGAUAGGGGGCUGGUGCUGAAGAUGUGGGCACCGCAGGUAGAGGUGCUGCGGCAUGCUGCAACUGGCGUCUUCAUGACUCAUUGUGGGUGGAACUCUGUCCUGGAAGGUACAUCAGCUGGGAUUCCGAUGCUGUGCUGGCCGCAGUACGCGGAGCAGAGGCUGAACAAGGUGUUUGUGGUGGACGAACUGAAGGUUGGUGUGGUGAUGGAGGGGUACGAUGAGGAGCUAGUGAAGGCCGAGGAGGUGGAGAAGAAGGUGAGUCUGGUGAUGGAGUCUGAGGAAGGGGAGAAGCUGAGGGAGAGGCUGGCAUUGGCAAAGGAGAAGGCUGCGGAAGCGCUGGCAGACAACGGGUCGUCGCUGAUGGCAUUCAGUGAGUUCUUGAAAGAUUUGAAGCUUUCAGAGUGAUCAAGCACAGAAGAUAGCAACGAGAUUAGUCUUGGAAUGUGUGAUUCUGAAGGUUUGUAUCAAUUCCCUCUCUGAACUAUGAACUACCCAUUGGGAUGUUACAUGCUUACAAGUUACAAGAGGUGAUGAUACCGUGGUAGUAGUUAUGCUAUGCAGAGUAGCUGCUUCAGCAAUUAUACUCGUCAAAUGAUAUGCCAUAGGUAGCUGUGCUUCCAAAUUCAGUACCGAAGCUGUGAAAACUCAGAUCUGCAAGUUCUCCUCAGUUAUGCUGUAUCACAAUCACAACUAAUAAUAAGUAGACUGUUGUAUUUAGCACAUGCCUCCUUGAUUUGGUGCAGCUAUUAUUCAAUUUUACUAUCA